AUGCCGAAUAAAUCGUCAAAAUUGCUUACAUCAAAAACAGUUAAAAAAUUCCAUUCUCCAAAAAAAUCUACUACUACACCGUUCUAUUCUGGUAUACCAAGUGCGCAACGUGCUCUACAACAGCAGCGAUUAUUACUAUCUCGACAUUCUACCCGAGCAAAACGUGAUCUUGAACGCAUAACCGAGAAUGCACUGGAAGACUUCGUAGUUCCAGUUCAUUAUCACCCAUGGGAAUCGAAAUAUCACAAAACAAUUACUCGAGAAAAAUUUAUCAAAUCAAUGACAAAAGAUUCAUAUACACCCAUAGUACGAGUAAUUUCUCACGCUAUCGAAAAUGUAACAACCGAAACUGAAUGCUCUCCUGUUUUGAUAGCAGCUGAAGCUGUAAAAAUCGAAACAUUCAAUAUACAACAAGCACCGAGACGAUCUGUACCAAAUGUUGUUCGUUACUUAAGACGUACGGAACCAAUGCCACCUGCACCAUCUUUCACUCCAGUGAAAAUAUCAUCUCAAUCACAGCAUAAAAAAACGAUCAUCCCAGUUAUGAAUACUAGUAAAGUAGCGGGUACUGCUCCUAAUCUGAUUACGACGGAUCGAUUAUUAAAUCGAGCUAAAACACAUAACGACGAAUCCGUUAUUCGAAGGCCACCAAGAAAAUUAGUUUUGAAUGUUACUCAUGAAACAAUCAUGCCACUAUCAGUGUUUGGUUGA